CAGGCCAGAAGCAAAAUUUGGAUGAAGCGAUCUAACUAAGUUGCCGUCAUGAGCAGAAGCAAGCGUGACAACAAUUUCUACAGCGUCGAAAUUGGAGAUUCUACUUUCACUGUAUUGAAACGGUAUCAAAACUUAAAACCAAUAGGAUCAGGAGCACAAGGGAUAGUAUGUGCAGCUUAUGAUGCCAUCCUUGAACGAAAUGUUGCAAUCAAGAAGUUAAGCCGGCCGUUUCAGAACCAAACCCAUGCUAAAAGAGCCUACAGAGAGCUUGUUCUUAUGAAGUGUGUUAAUCACAAAAACAUAAUCGGCCUACUGAAUGUGUUCACACCACAAAAAUCCCUGGAAGAAUUUCAAGACGUCUACAUAGUGAUGGAGCUCAUGGAUGCAAAUCUCUGCCAAGUGAUUCAGAUGGAGCUAGACCAUGAACGAAUGUCCUAUCUUCUUUAUCAAAUGCUGUGUGGUAUCAAACAUCUUCAUUCAGCUGGAAUUAUACACAGGGAUUUAAAGCCCAGUAAUAUAGUAGUAAAGUCAGACUGCACUUUGAAGAUUCUUGACUUUGGACUGGCCAGAACUGCAGGAACUAGUUUUAUGAUGACGCCUUAUGUAGUGACUCGUUACUACAGAGCACCAGAGGUCAUCCUAGGGAUGGGAUACAAAGAAAACGUUGACAUUUGGUCAGUUGGGUGCAUCAUGGGAGAAAUGAUCAAAGGUGGUGUUUUAUUUCCUGGUACAGAUCAUAUUGAUCAAUGGAAUAAAGUUAUAGAGCAGCUAGGAACACCAUGCCCUGAAUUUAUGAAGAAAUUACAGCCUACAGUCCGAACUUAUGUGGAGAACAGACCUAAAUAUGCUGGAUAUAGUUUUGAAAAACUCUUUCCAGAUGUCCUUUUCCCAGCUGACUCUGAACACAAUAAGCUUAAAGCAAGUCAAGCAAGGGAUUUGUUAUCAAAAAUGCUGGUUAUAGAUGCUUCUAAAAGAAUCUCUGUGGAUGAAGCCCUGCAGCACCCAUACAUCAACGUUUGGUAUGAUCCAUCGGAAGCAGAAGCUCCUCCACCAAAGAUACCUGAUAAACAGUUAGAUGAGAGGGAGCACACGAUAGAAGAAUGGAAAGAGUUGAUAUACAAGGAAGUCAUGGACCUGGAGGAGAGAACCAAGAAUGGGGUUAUACGUGGACAACCAGCCCCUUUAGGUGCAGCAAUGAUCAAUAGCUCUCAACAUCCAUCUUCAUCGUCAUCUGUCAAUGAUGUGUCCUCAAUGUCAACAGAUCCAACAUUGGCCUCUGAUACAGACAGCAGUCUAGAAACCUCAGCUGGACCUCUGGGUUGCUGUAGAUGACUACUUGGUCUUUUGAGGGGUGGGAGGGGGGUCCUUUUAGUCCAUUAAUAGGGCACCUUUAAAAUUUGGUGGUAUUUUUGAGUGUUUUUUCGUAGAAUUCAUCAUAAAGUGCUGUAAUUUUAAACUGUAAGUUGUGUUAAAAGCAGCCACUUUUUUUGCUGUAAUUAACUGUAAAAUAUUAAACCUGAUAAUUUUUAUUGUGGUUUUAAAAUCUGCAUAUUUGCUUUACUAUUAUGCUGCUGAUCUUUUUUUACUGAAUUUGUAAGAUUUGUUUUAUCAAUGCACAUAUUCAUGUUGUGGUCAUUACCAUAUAAUGAAUUAUUUAAGAUUUUAUAGGUUUUCAAUUUUUUAAUUAGAAUUUAUUCCAGAUGUUUUGUUCAUGAUAUCCUUCAAAGUUUUAUGCUUGGUCAUAUGUCCAUGUCCAGGUGGAGGGGGAGAGAAUUCAGUGGAGCCAGGUGUAGAUUUGGGCAUACUGCUGUGGUGUUGGCAGUGAACAAAAUCCUCUCUUAUUUUGGCCACUUGCCUAUAAUACUUCAGCAAAAGCAACAAUUAGUAAAUUUUUUUAGUGAAACAGUAUACAAUCCUUUGCAAAGUAACCUCAUCUGAAUGGUUUUAUGAACUUAAGCAAGCAAAACGUAUCUCCAAAGCUGCAGAAAUAUCUAGCCUAACAAAGUAAUGUGAUGUUUUCUGCAGAGUUGUGGCAUGCCAAAUCUUGUGAUCACCGUAAAACGCAAGGAUACUUCAUGAAUAAUACACUGCAAUGCAAAUAAACUGUUUACUUCUA